UGGAACUAGCCAAUCUAAAACCAGAAGAAAUAAAAAAGAAAAAAGAAAAAGAAAAAGUAAGAAUAGCCACCGUGUCCACCGUAUUCCCGAGUCUAGAACAUGCUACAGCCACCGAAACAAAUUGUGUAACCCCACAAAAAUGCCACAAUUUGCAUCAAGGUUCACUCUCCCUUUAAAUCCUUCUCGUUUCCAUUUCCAUCUCUUUCCUUCAAGCAAAAAUAUAAUUCCCAUCAUGUCCUUCUCUUCAUCGUCUUCGUCACCCUCUACAACCAACCCAAAAGAAGAAAAAAUCCCGGAAAAUAUAGACCCUCAAAAGCUCGCUCAAGUCAUAAAGUAUCACAACGAAACCAAGCAUUCCUUCACGAACUAUGCCCGUGGCCCUCGCGGACUCGACUGGGCCAACCAGCCCAAUCCAUUUCGCCGCUACAUUUCUUCUCCUCUCGUCCCUCUUUUACAUCUCUCUACUGACGGUCAAAACCAAACCCUAUCAUCUUCGAGUAACGACGAUAAUAUCCCUCUGUACUCUUCUCUCUUUACAUCUCUUCCUCCUCCUAAACCCCUCACAAUUUCUUCAAUUUCUCAAUUCUUUUAUGACUCACUGGCUCUCUCCGCCUGGAAAACCACCGGGUUUUCUACUUGGUCUCUUCGGGUCAACCCGAGUAGCGGCAAUUUACACCCAACUGAAUCGUACAUAAUUGCUCCUGCUAUUGACUCGGUUUGCGACUCACCAUUCGUUGCACAUUAUGCACCAAAAGAGCAUGCUUUGGAACUUAGAGCUAAAAUCCCAUCAGGUUCCGGCUUUUUCAAUAAAUUCUUUCCCAAAAAUUCGUUUCUUAUCGGCUUUUCUUCGAUAUUUUGGCGCGAAGCCUGGAAAUACGGAGAGCGGGCAUUCAGGUACUGUAAUCAUGACGUGGGCCAUGCCAUUGCGGCUGUUACCAUGGCUGCUGCUGGACUUGGUUGGGAUGUGAAGAUUCUGGAAGGUUUGGGGUAUAAAGAUUUAGAGAAAUUAAUGGGGCUUCAUAUUUUCCCAGAAUUUCAAAUUCCAUCAAAACCUGUUAAAGGGAAGUUUCCGGAAAUUGAAUUUGAGCACCCGGAUUGUGUUCUUGUUGUUUUUCCAUCUGGAAGUAGGGAAUUUGAUGUAAAUUAUGAGAAAUUGAGUUUGUUAAUAAAGGAGUUUUCAGUGUUGGACUGGAAAGGGAAGCCAAAUUUGUUGAGUGAAGAACAUAUUUGUUGGGACAUAAUUUAUAGAACAGCUGAAGCAGUUAAAAAACCAUUGACUACAAGAAAUGCAUUUGCAGUUGAUCCAUUUUAUGGUAGUGGAAUUUUUAAUGAAAAUUGUUACAAGGGUUUUACUGUGAGAGAAGUUGUUAGGAAGAGGAGGAGCGCGGUUGAUAUGGAUGAAGUGACUACAAUGGACAGAGAGACAUUUUAUCAAAUUUUAUUACACUGUCUUCCUUCGGGUUCUGGGAGUGGAGGGAAGCAGAAGAGGCAAUUAGCAUUGCCAUUUCGGGUUCUUUCUUGGGAUGCUGAGGUGCAUGCUGCUUUGUUUGUUCAUAGAGUGAAAGGAUUGCCAAAGGGGUUGUAUUUCUUGGUAAGGAACGAGGAUCACAUUGGGGAGUUAAAGAAAGUUAUGAGGCCUGACUUCGAGUGGCAGAAGCCAGAGGGCUGCCCUGAUGAUCUACCUUUAUAUGAACUUGCUAGGGGUGAUUGCCGACAACUCGCCAAAGGACUUUCAUGCCAUCAGGACAUUGCUAGUGAUGGCUGCUUUAGCCUUGGUAUGGUGGCUCAUUUCGAGCCUACUCUGCGUAACAAUAAUGUUUGGAUGUAUCCCCGAUUAUUUUGGGAGACUGGAGUUCUUGGACAGGUGUUGUACCUUGAAGCACAUGCAGUUGGCAUAUCUGCAACUGGAAUUGGUUGCUUCUUUGAUGACCCUGUGCAUCAACUUCUGGGGUUGACGGGAUCAAACUUUCAAAGUCUAUAUCAUUUUACUGUGGGAGGUCCAGUCUUAGACAAGCGGAUUAUGAGCCUACCAGCAUACCCAGGUCCUGAAGUGGAUGCGUGAUUGCACCUCUCUGGUUGUGCUUGGACAACAUACAUACUUUACUGUCUUUACAUAAAUAAUGUUUAUCAGCAGUUACAGAUAUAUUAUCAUAUAUAUCACAAGGAACAGUAGCCAUGUAAUACUUUGAUAUGUGUUAACAUGGUUUCUAGGAGAGCCUACCUGUAAUUAUCAAUUUAUUGAUGUGAUGAUAUUUGUUGUACAACCAUUUUUAUUUCAUCCAGUGUUAAUAUUCGCUAAUUUAAAAUU